UUUUACGAAACUAAGGCAGAAACCAUCUCUGCUGUGAAAGUCACGAAACGGCGGAGGUCAUAGAAUACAUGUCUAUCAAUAAUGGGAGUUGAGAAAUUUGAAGUUCCUGACUGGAGUCAGUAUAAAGUGGAAGAUGCGCCACGAUUACAAAUUUUAGAGAAGAGACUGGCCUCCCACGGGCUAAAAGAUCCAUGGAUUAGAAAUGAAGUCUGGCGUUACCAUAAAAAGAACUGGAAUCCUGUUAUGGUGAACUUAAGGAGUUCUGCUUUAUGUGGUUUUAAGUAUGCUUUUGCAGCAAUGGUUGUAACAGUCUUGGCUGAAAAAUUGCUAUCAAAAUAUAGUCCCAAGAAAGAUGAAGCUCACCAUUAACACUAACCAUUUAAUAAGAUCUACAUUUAUUGAAACAGCCAACUGUUUAGCAAAGAAGUAUCCAGUCGUGUGUAGAAACUGAAAUGUACUGAUUUGUUUCUUGAAAAUAAAACAUUUCUCUUCAGAUAUUAA